AUGGAUUUGUGUGUUACUUUGCUCAGCGUGGAUUUGUUUAUGCGAUCCUCCUCCUGCAUCUCCACUUCGCAUCAAUUGCUUACCAAAUACCACAAUCUUUCAAAAGACACAUCCACCUCAAACCUCCACUACCUGUCAAACAUGAACCGUCGUCUUCGCUCCGCGACUAUAUCCACCAAGGAGAAUGUGCCUGACGUGGCCCCACCUAAGCGGGGACGGCGCGCUUCCAUCCACACCUCUUCUGCCCCCAGCAUUGAAGCUGCUGCUGACCCAGGGGCGCCUUUCUCCCCUGCCAACGACGCUGGCCGUCAAGACGUUGGGUACACCCAAGUCAAGUACGGGCCACCCAAGAAGAAGUCCGCUACUGCUGCCGCAGAGGGGCCCUGGCGCCCUUCGAAUGCCAAAGUCUUGUUUGAUGGCGUGCACCUCCCUGCGAGGAAUGUAGCCAACGAAGCGGCUGUUCGACCCACUGCCAAUGCUCAGACUUCGACCGCAAGGAAUGUAGCCAACGAAGCGGCUGUUCGACCCAAGGCUGCCGAUGGCCCAGCUUCUGAGGCUGCAGCCCAUCCAAAUGCUUGCCACGCGCUGCUUGUGUUGCUCUGGUUUAGCCGUGUGACCUCGAGGGUGUGGCUUUUGUCCCUUCAGCAGACUUUGGUCACUGGCAUCCUGCUAGACGUUACGCCAGCAGAAAUUUCUUCAACCAGACUUUGGCAUGCGUCCAACAAUCCUGGGAAUUCUGCCGUUCAGAAACCAGCUCUCAAAACGUACGUAUCUGCGUGUAAGUCGACUCCUCCGGAACCUGUGGCCCCAGCUGCCAUCACCGCAAAGAAACCCGCUCUCAAAACGUACGGGUCUGCGCGUAAAUCGACUCCUCCGGAACCUGCAGCCCCAGCGUCCAGCGCCACGAAUGCGGACAACAGCAACCACACCCUAUCCGACUUGACCUCCACCCAUUCUGAUGACGAGGACAUCACCCUGCCUGACCAGCCAGAGGAGGCCAAUAGCUUCUCAAGCUUCGACAUCAAUGACUUGCCUUCAGAUGGACGGGUACUCACCGGCAUCAGGAACCAAGACUUCCAUCCAAGGUCAUUGACGAUCCAUGACCUCGACUACGACGAGGUCCAGGAGAUGCGAGAGGCAUGCGAGUCCAAACACACGGCGUAUUGCUUCAGCUACACCGACCAGACCACCCAGUACUACCAUGGCCGCGAGAUGACAGAAGGCUGCCAGACUGCAGCCAACUGGUUCACUAAAUAUUUGGAGGACGACACCAAGCAGUGGCUCCUGAUCCUGCAGGGCUUUACAGCCCCUCACUUGCCCGAGAACUACGUGGAUGCCCUCAACAUUUUGAGGGAAGAAGACGAACUGCACGUCAACUCGUACGUCAUCAAGGCGGCGAUGGCACUGGACAAGACUCGCAACUCUGGAGAGGACCCUUUCGAGAUCCUCUCCCUGGAGGACGAUCUUUCAUGGGACGAUAAGAACGGCAUGCAAUCGCUUCUCUGCUCGGAGGCAGUCACUUAUCGCUUCACCCAGCCUUGGGAUGGUGGGCACCACCACUAUCAAGGGUCUUUGCCCCAACGUGGGGAGCAGGAUGCCGCGGAUCGCUUGAUCCAGGUAUUUUUGGAGGAAUCGGGGGAAUAUGUCCCCAUUCCUGAGGGGUACACUGCUCCUCGGGAACCUUACGACCACAUCGACACCCUAAAUUGGGAGAAGAUCGCCCAUGAGAGGGCUUGA